UUUGUAGCAGUUAUUUGUGUCUUGUUGUGAAAAGAAGGUGUCUCGCAUUAAAUCAAACGAAUAAGGAAGUUUAACUGUUUUUUUUAUUUAAUACAUUUUAAAUUAUUCUCUCUUAUAUAGUUGUAGAUAUUUUAUAGAUUUUUGAUACUUACAGAAAUACAUAUUAUAUACAUAAAAUACUAUAUGAUAUAAAAUUCAGUUUUUUCAAUACGCGAUAAACUUGAAGAAUGCUACGUGUCCUUAUUUUUAUAUUUAUAGUUAAUAAUAUUAAUGGUCAACCCGAUCAUCACUAUGAAUGUGAUGUUAGAGCAUUUCCUGAAGGCUUUCUAUUUGGAACAGCAACUUCGUCUUACCAAACUGAAGGAGCAUGGAAUAAAAGUGGAAAAACGGAAAAUAUUUGGGAUCACUUAACGCACACACAGCCGUAUGAAAUUUUGGACCAUUCAAAUGGUGACGUUGCUGAUGACUCCUACCAUCUAUAUAAACGGGAUAUAGAGAUGAUGAGAGAGCUAGGUGUACAUUUCCAUCGCUUUUCAAUUUCUUGGACACGUAUUCUUCCAACGAGCUUUCCAGAUGAAAUAAAUCAAGAUGGUGUCGACUAUUAUAAUAAUUUAAUAAACGAAAUGCUUAAGUAUGGUAUCGAACCGAUGGUGACGCUAUAUCACUGGGAACUGCCACAAAAACUCCAACUGAUGGGAGGUUGGACGAACCCCAAUAUUAUAAAUUGGUUUGCCGAUUUUGCCAGAGUUGCGUUUGAAUUAUUCGGUGACCGGGUUAAAUAUUGGGUAACAAUAAAUGAACCAUAUCAAAUUUGUAAUGAAGGCUACGGCGAUAGGAAUAUGGCGCCGAUGUUAAAUGUGAAAGGCGUAGCUGAAUAUAUUUGUACGAAGAACUUGCUACUGGCGCAUGCUACGGCUUAUCACAUGUAUGACAGGGAAUAUAGGUCCAAAUAUAAAGGCGUGGUGUUUAUCACUUGCAGCGCUUCUUGGUACGAGCCUGAAAGUCAAGACCACUAUGGAGCAGCGUGGGAAAGUAAUCAAUUUACGUGGGCUCAGCAUUUACAUCCAAUAUUCUCGCACACUGGCGAUUAUCCACGAAUUAUGAAAGAAAAGAUUGCCGCUAAAAGUAAAGAGCAAGGAUUUUUCCGGAGUAGAUUAAUUGAAUUCACCCCAGAAGAAAUCAAGUUUGUGAAAGGCAGUUCUGAUGCUCUUGGUCUCAAUCACUAUUCGACAACAUUAGUUUAUAAAAAUGAGUCUGUGAAACACAUGUAUGAGUCGCCAUCUUUUAUGGAUGAUCUCGGCGUUGGUAUGGCUUCGGUAAAUGAUAGGCAAGGGGGAGGUAUGGUGGAUGACGUUCCAUGGGGAUUUUAUAACUUGCUAACAACAAUUCGGGAAGAGUAUGGAAACCCUCCUAUAUACAUAACUGAGAAUGGUUUCUCAACAAAGGCUGGUCUGGUGGAUGAUGAUCGUGUUACAUACUAUAGAGGUUAUUUAUCUGCCAUGUUGGACGCUAUAGAGGAAGGGUCUGACAUUCAAGCCUACACUGCAUGGAGUUUGAUGGAUAAUUUUGAAUGGAAAAUGGGUUAUACGGAACGUUUCGGUCUAUAUGAAGUUGAUUAUAAUUCUUCAGAUCGGACACGAACAGCAAGAAAAUCUGCCUACGUGUACAAAGAAAUUGUUCGUACGGGAACACUAGACAUGUGCUACGCACCCGACUUGUUUAUGCCAAUAUCAAUAGACGAAGGACACUAAAUACUAAUUAUUAAUAUGUAUUCCUAACAAAUAAAAAAAGUUAAAUAUACUUAUAUCGAGCGAAGAGAUUAAAUAAAAAUUUAACCUUUUAUCUGAGCCUUACAAAUAUAGCAUAAAAUAGGAUUGAAAAAUAUGAAAUUGUUUCAUUGUCA